GUUUACUACAACACAACAUAUUUUGUUAUCGUUGUCGCGCCUGAGGAACAGGCAAGGAACCAAAGAUAACUGAAAACCGAGCGCGAAUUUCGGAAUUUCGGAGAUGCCUCAAGAACUGCGUGUGGUGUGCUGCUUCCAAUGCCGGAAAUUCCAGUCGGACAUCGUAAAGAAGGCGAAAAAGUGGACCUGCAAGCUGUGCGGCGCCAAGCAGUCACUCGUCAAAGAGUACACCCGUGGUUCCGGUCGGGAAUGUCGCCUGUUGGUGCAGCAGUUGAGCGAGGGGACGUUGCAGGCGGACCAAUUUGAAAGAGACGUUGCCGAACGGGUGCUGGAAGGUAAGAUAGAACUGCCAAACGCGGUUGGGAAUGCUAUUCGUGACGAGUCGGAACGGUUGAUGGCUAGCCAUGGGCAAGGGUCGGCCAGGAAGGUCGAAGAUGGUAGCAACAGUAAAUGGGUUAGUUUCUGUUCGAGAGAUGAUGAUGAAGUGGGAGAUUUGAUGGAGGGACAGGACAUGCAGAUUUCGAAUAGAAGUAAAGCUGUAGGAGAAAGAGAGAGUGUGAAAUCAAAAAAUUUCGCCAACUUUACCCCACGAAAAGCUUAUGAGCCAAGUCCUACACCUAGUUUAAUGCCUUUAGCAGAUUUCCAUCAGAUGAACAAACAAGAUAAGAAGGAAUUCAAGUGGCAAUCGAAACUCGACCGUGAAUGUAACUUGAACCAAAUUUCUUCUCCGAUAAGAAUGGCAUCAAGUUCCACAACUGGCUCUAAACAAUCACUAUUCAGUUUCAAGCCGAAGUUAUGUAAGCAAACGACAGGAGACGUUCAAGAAAUUGAACGCAUCAAUACUGUUACCCAGAAAAGGGCGCAUAACGAAGAAUGCCCUCGUGAUAAACAGGCACCCAUGAUGAGUUUCGCGAAGAAAUCGAAAUGGAGCAGCUUCAAAUCAAAAGAAACGGAUUCUAACGCCUCUAAUUUGCCCAAUAUCAAUGAACCGUCGCAAUGCCCCAAUGAACUUGUGUCGACCUCAAAGUGGAUCAAGUUUGUUACAGCAGCCAAUGAAGAAGAUGAUGAAUUUUCUUGAUAACAUCCCCAUGAAGAGUUUCGUUAAAAAAGGGCUAUAAGUAGCAUUUUGCGCU